AUGAUGCCCCAGAAGAAAAAGCGGAGGAAGAAAGACAUCGACUUUCUGGGCCUGUAUGAGGAGGAGCUGCUGAACUACAAUUCAGAGGACAACGAAGACGAGCUGGAGCAUGAGUACUACAAGGCUAAGGUGUACGAGGUGGUCACAGCCACAGGGGAUGUCCGUGGUGCAGGGACAGAUGCCAAUGUGUUCAUCACAAUCUUUGGAGAGAAUGGGCUCUCUCCCAAGCUCCAUCUCACCAGCAAGAGUGAAUCCGCUUUCGAGAAAGCCAACGUUGACGUAUUCCGGGUGCGAACCAAUAAUGUGGGCCUCAUCUAUAAAAUCAGGAUCGAGCAUGACAACACCGGCUUGAACGCCAGCUGGUACCUGGACCGAGUGAUAGUGACCGACAUGAAGAGGCCCCAUCUCCGCUACUACUUCAACUGCAACAGCUGGCUGAGCAAGGUGGAAGGUGACCGCCAGUGGUGUCGUGACCUCCUAGCCAGCUUUGACCCCAUGGACAUGCCCAGAGGAAACAAGUAUGAAAUCAAGGUAUACACUGGUGACGUGAUUGGUGCAGGGACAGAUGCUGAUGUCUUUAUCAAUAUCUUUGGAGAGUAUGGAGACACAGGAGAGCGUAGGCUGGAAAACGAAAAGGACAACUUUGAAAAGGGAGCCGAAGACAAGUUCACACUGGAUGCCCCGGAUUUGGGGCAGCUGAUGAAGAUCAAUGUGGGCCACAACAACAAGGGGGGGUCUGCAGGUUGGUUCCUGUCCAAGAUUAUCAUUGAAGAUAUUGGGAACAAAAGGAAAUAUGAUUUCCCCCUUAACCGCUGGCUGGCACUGGAUGAAGACGAUGGCAAAAUCCAAAGAGACAUCCUAGUGGGCGGAGCUGAGACCACAGGCAGGCUGGAGAGCGCACCUGCCCAUGAGCACCUGCCCCUGCAGCACCUGCCCCCGCCGCACCUGCCCAUGAGCACCUGCCCAUUAGCACCUGCCCAUGAGCACCUGCCCCUGCAGCACCUGCCCAUGAGCACCUGCCCCUGCAGCACCUGCCCCUGCCGCACCUGCCCCUGCACCAUAACGUAUGUUGUCACUGUCUUCACUGGGGAUAUCCGUGGAGCUGGAACCAAAUCUAAGAUCUACUUGGUCAUGUAUGGAGCCAGAGGGAAUAAGAACAGUGGGAAAAUCUUCCUGGAGGGUGGCGUGUUUGACAGGGGCCGCACAGACAUCUUCCACAUCGACCUGGCUGUCCUCCUCAGCCCCCUGAGCCGGGUCUCCAUUGGGCAUGGCAAUGUAGGCGUCAACCGAGGCUGGUACUGUGAGAAGGUAAGUGGACCUAAAACAGGGGACUCCUGCCGUCUACCUUGCCAGGUGGUGGUCCUGUGCCCCUUCACGGGCAUCCAGCAGACGUUCCCCUGCAGCAACUGGCUGGAUGAGAAGAAAGCAGAUGGGCUGAUCGAGCGGCAGCUCUAUGAGAUGGUGUCUCUGAGGAAGAAGCGGCUGAAAAAAUUUCCUUGGUCCCUUUGGGUCUGGACAACUGAUCUGAAGAAAGCUGGUACCAACUCACCCAUCUUCAUCCAGAUUUAUGGGCAGAAGGGGCGAACAGAUGAGAUUCUCCUGAAUCCCAACAACAAAUGGUUCAAACCAGGCAUCAUCGAGAAGUUUAGGAUGGAGCUCCCAGAUCUCGGCAGGUUUUAUAAGAUUCGGGCGUGGCAUGAUAGGCAGAACCCUGGCUCUGGAUGGCAUUUAGAAAAGAUGACCCUGAUGAACACUCUGAAUAAGGACAAGUAUAACUUCAACUGUAAUCGCUGGCUGGAUGCCAAUGAGGAUGACAAUGAGAUUGUGAGGGAGAUGACUGCAGAAGGCCCAACAGUGCGGAGGAUCAUGGGAAUGGCCCGGUACCGUGUGACUGUAUGCACAGGGGAACUCGAAGGUGCGGGAACGGAUGCCAAUGUCUACCUCUGCCUUUUUGGUGAUGUGGGGGACACCGGGGAGCGACUACUCUACAACUGCAGGAAUAACACCGACCUGUUUGAGAAAGGCAAUGCCGAUGAGUUCACCAUUGAGUCUGUCACUAUGAGGAAGGUGAGGCGAGUGAGGGUCAGACAUGAUGGCAAAGGCUCGGGCAGCGGCUGGUACCUGGACAGGGUACUGGUGAGAGAGGAAGGACAGCCUGAGAGCGACAACGUUGAGUUCCCGUGCCUCAGGUGGCUGGACAAGGAUAAGGAUGAUGGACAGCUGGUCCGAGAACUGCUACCCAGUGACAGUAAUGCUACACUCAAGAACUUUCGAUAUCACAUCAGUGUGAAGACCGGGGAUGUCUCUGGGGCCAGCACAGAUUCUAGGGUGUACAUCAAGCUCUAUGGAGAGAAAUCUGACACCAUCAAGCAAAUUCUUCUUGUCUCUGACAACAACCUCAAAGACUACUUCGAACGCGGCCGGGUAGAUGAGUUCACACUGGAGACCCUGAACAUUGGAACUGUAAGUGUCCAUCCCAGAAUCAGGUGUUAUUGUCUCCCCAUGUUCCUACAUUGCCCCACAUGUGUCCACAUACACAUUCACAUCUGCACUGAUGUGUAA